AUGGGAAACUCUGAAAAUAAUAUGCUUCAGACAUUGAAAUCAACUACAGAAGAUCCAGAUGCAUACAGCAGUUAUGAUCCAUUCGAUCUCGAUGAUGCAUCAUUCUUCGCUGACUUGACCAAUUCGUCCAAACGAAUAAAACUUCAGUUAGAAACUGCUCAAUUCAUUCAAAAAUUCGGUGCUCAAGAGCUUUUGAAUAUAAUUUUACAUAAAGUUCAAAAUGUGAACUUACCUCAUGAUUCAAAAGGAGCAAUCAACGAGUUUCUGGAUUUUGUGGAAGAUUUGAUCUACAGUAAUGCAGCGAAGCGAGUCGAACAAAAGCUUACCGCAGAUUUAGCGAAAACCAGCGGUCAGAAGAAAACUAAAAUUCAUAUGGGAGAAGCGAUAAGAAAAGUUUCAAAGCAAAAAAUAGAGUAUGGCGACGAGAAAGAUCAUAGAAGGAGAGAUGCUCCAGCACUAUCUCAGAAUGCAGUUCUCAUCGAAGAAGACGAGAAUUAUCCAGCUGUCAGGCAACCAUUGGAACCAACCAAAAUGAUGUUCUUGUCUCAUAGUGAACCAAAUUUCCUCCGAGAUGAAUUGAUGAUUGGAAGAGAAAUCAGAAGGUCCCCGAUGAAACUAAAAAAGAAGACAAGACUCACAAAAGCUCAAUUGGAAAAGGCCAUAAAAAGUGCAGAACGAGAAGCCAGAGAAGCGGAGAUGGAGAAGAUUUUAAAGAGAAGAAAAGCGCAGCUAAAAGAAAGAAGAAGAAUACGGAAGCAAAGAGAGAUGGCAAUGAAAAAGAGAAGAGCUUCGAAAACACUUCCUCUUUCAAGAAUUCAAGAUGAUGCCAGAAGUGUGAGGAGAAGUCCGAUUGGAAGAGUUACAUUCAAUGAGAAGAUGUUCCAACUUCUCGAAGAAUACGGUAUCAAGUCAUUCCGUGUUGAGACUGCUGACUACACAGUUCGGGCCUUCGCUGAUCCAGAAAAGACUCGUUUCUCAUCAAUAAACCUUCUGGAUGUCCCGAUGUACAACGAUGCGAUUCGGCGGAAACCAGCGAGACCCCCAUUUGUUUAUAGCCGCACAAUUCCAGCUCCAAAACGUAUCAUACGACCGAGAUCUUCUUUGAAAAAGAGAUUGCUUCAAAAGAGGAGGAAGAGUAUCAACUUGGAGAGACUUCUAUAA